CUCCUCUCGGCGGCGGCGGCGGCCCAGGCAGAGGAGUCCGCGGUGGUGGCGGCGGCAGCGGCGGCGCUGUUCCCCGCGCGGUCCGCGCAGUGGGGUCCGGGCUGCGUGUCUCGGGCGGCGGCGGCGGUGGCACUGCGGCCCCGGCCCGAGUCCGACCCCGGGUCCCCUACCCGGCCGCCCCCCGCCCACGGGCCGCUCCCCCGGGCCCGCCGUCCCCUCCCCCGCUGGCGGGGCCCGGACAGAAGAUGGUGCAGAAGAAAACAGCCGAACUUCAGGGCUUCCACCGUUCGUUCAAGGGGCAGAACCCUUUCGAGCUGGCCUUCUCCCUAGACCAGACCCACCUCGGGGAGACCGACCUCAGCCUGGAGCAUCCCGCCCGCCCUGAUAUGCCCGCCAGCCAGCCCAUCGACAUCCCAGACGCCAAGAAGAGGGGCAAGAAGAAAAAGCGGUGCCGGGCCACCGACAGCUUCUCGGGCCGGUUCGAAGAUGUCUACCAGCUGCAAGAAGACGUGCUCGGGGAGGGUGCCCACGCCCGAGUGCAGACCUGCGUCAACCUCAUCACUAACCAGGAAUACGCCGUCAAGAUCAUCGAGAAGCAGCCUGGCCACAUUCGGAGCAGGGUUUUCCGGGAGGUGGAGAUGCUGUAUCAGUGCCAGGGACACAGGAAUGUUCUAGAGCUGAUAGAGUUCUUUGAGGAGGAGGAUCGCUUCUACCUGGUGUUUGAGAAGAUGCGGGGCGGCUCCAUCCUGAGCCACAUUCACAAGCGGCGGCACUUUAACGAGCUGGAGGCCAGCGUGGUCGUGCAGGACGUGGCCAGUGCCCUGGACUUCCUGCACAACAAAGGCAUCGCACACAGGGACCUAAAGCCAGAAAACAUCCUCUGCGAGCAUCCCAACCAGGUGUCCCCUGUGAAGAUCUGCGACUUCGAUCUGGGCAGCGGCAUCAAACUCAACGGGGACUGCUCCCCGAUCUCCACUCCGGAGCUGCUCACCCCGUGCGGCUCAGCGGAGUACAUGGCCCCCGAGGUGGUGGAGGCCUUCAGCGAGGAGGCCAGCAUCUACGACAAACGCUGCGACCUCUGGAGCCUGGGUGUCAUCCUCUACAUCCUGCUCAGCGGCUACCCGCCUUUCGUGGGCCACUGCGGCAGCGACUGCGGCUGGGACCGCGGCGAGGCCUGCCCGGCCUGCCAGAACAUGCUGUUUGAGAGCAUCCAGGAGGGCAAGUAUGAGUUUCCCGAGAAGGAUUGGGCCCACAUCUCCUUUGCUGCCAAAGACCUCAUCUCAAAGCUCCUCGUCCGCGACGCCAAGCAGAGGCUGAGCGCCGCCCAAGUCCUGCAGCACCCCUGGGUGCAGGGGUACGCUCCAGAGAACACCCUGCCCACACCCAUGGUCCUGCAGAGGAACAGCUGUGCCAAAGAGCUCACGUCAUUUGCGGCUGAGGCCAUCGCCAUGAACCGGCAGCUGGCCCAGCGGGAGGAGGACGCGGCCGAGGAGGCGGAGCAGGGCCAGCCCGUGGUCGUCCGAGCUGCGCGCUGUCUGCGGCUGUCGCCGCCCUCCCAGAGCAGGCUGGCCCAGAGGCGACAGCGAGCCAGCCUGUCCGCGGCCCCCGUGGUCCUGGUGGGAGACCACGCGUGACCCCUCCCUCCCUCUGUACAUAGGUCACUCCCCCCCCUACCCCCCCCCAUCAAAUCUAAAAAGUUUUUUAAGCUAUUGCCAGCCGGUGACCAGCAGGCUGCCCUCCCCUGGCUGGACUUCGAGGCGCUAAGCUCAGUUGGGGGGGCUCUUUUUAUAUGAGGUUUUUGCUGUUGGCUUUUUUUCUUUUUUCUGUCUCACCCCCAUUUUUUUUCCUUUUAAAGGUGUUAAAAGCAAAGCAGGCACCUGGGGAGGAGAUUGGAGGGUGUGUCGCCGGGCUUGUCCCGUCCCAGCCCCAGAUACUCACCUCUACUGUGAAGGGUCCCCACGCCCCACGCCCGCCCUGCCCAGAUGUGACUCAGGAGAGGAGGGCACUUGUCGCCUUCCAGAGCUGGGGGCACAGAAGCGCACCCCUUCCCCAGCCCUCACAGUAUUUGCAGGGACGGGCCACCCCCACGCCUCCCCGGGGUGACACAGCACCUCUUUAAUCCCUCACCCUGAAGCACCCUGGUCGCUUGGUGGGGUGGGGGCUUCUCAGGUCUCCCUUGUGGCUGGAGGGGGCUUGGGUGCGGGCAGGUGGCAAUCACGGCUGCCUGCUGGGCCCCGCCUCUGACUGACAAUCGGGGCUCCCUCGAACCUUGACCUUAAGCUCUCGCCGCCCCCUCCCCUGCCCUCUCCAAGGGGGACCCUGCCCACCCAGGAGGGCAGUGCCAGAGGAAGUGGGAGGGGUUGGACAGGCGCCCGUCAGCCAACGUGGGGGUCCCUCAGACCCCCACCCUGGGCACCGGAGUGCCCUUUCUCAGGGCUCAGUCUGACCAUGGCCACGUCCUGCCCCUCACCGCCACCCCUGGGUCUGGUGAGGAAGCUCUGUCACCACCCCCCCCCCCUUACUCCUCCUCAGAGCCAGGGCCCAGCCAGGGGUCCUGCUAAAGCCCCCCGCCCCCAAGGGCAGCGUUUCUGCGUGCCCACCUUCAGGAACACGGCUACAGCUGCCACGGCCUCCUCCCGGGCACCCAGGAACCUCCGUGCCCACCUCCACCCACCUUGGCGCCGGGGUCAGAUGUUGAGUGACCGCCGGGCUCGGGGCGACUGACCCCCCUCUUCCCUCGGGUGGGAAACACUAUGCAAUACAGGCUUCCCUCUUCUCCAUGUUCGUGUGCUUCUGCCGGGGGGGG